AUGGGGGAGAAAGUUUCGGCCGCUCCGGAGCGGCUGCGGGGCGGCGGCCGGAUCGUCUCGUCCUGCUCCAGCUCCUCGGGCUCCUCCUCGGGCUCCUCAACUCUCUCGGAGGAGGGGGACGCCGGCUUGGCCCGGGACCGCCCCGGCGGCUGCUCGGACGCGGGGCGGCAGGCGGCGGCUCCCCGCGGGGCGGAGGGGGAGGAAGCCGGGCGGUGGCGGCAGAGCGAGGAGGCGGCGAGCCCAGGUGGGGGGCAGCAGCAGCUUCGGCCGGAGAGCGACGCCUCGCUGGAGGAACAGGAGGAGGAGCUUGAUCAUAUAUUAUCCCCUCCAUCUAUGCUGUUUCGGAAAUCCAGCAACCCUGAAGUCUCUUCUGGCCCUGGAAAGUCAUUUAAGUUUAAAAGACAGCUGAGUGAAGAUGGAAGACCGUUUAGAAGAGGAAGCCUUGGAGGAGCUUUGACUGGCAGGUACCUGCUUCCCAAUACCAUUGCACAGCAGUCAUGGCAACCUGCAGAAACCUCCAAUCUUGUUCGUAUGCGUAGCCAAGCUCUUGGGCAAUCGGCUCCUUCACUUACUGCUAGUCUGGAAGGGCCGCCUCAGAAGAGCCAUUUCAGCUCAACACGGCACCGUCAGAGACUAGUGGAACCAGCGGCUACAAAAAAGGAGCUGAGUCUUCCAAGAAGAGGAAGUUUUUGUCGGACAAGUAACCGAAAGAGCUUGAUAGGCAAUGGCCAGUCUCCAGCUCUGCCUCGGCCUCAUUCACCUCUUUCAGCUCAUGCAGGAAGCAGUCCUCAAGACAGCCCUAGAAAUUUCUCUCCCAGUGCCUCAGCCCAUUUUUCUUUUGCACGAAGUCAUGGGCACCGAAAUGACAGGACUGAUGGACGCCGCUGGUCUUUGGCUUCUCUCCCCUCCUCUGGCUAUGGUACAAAUACACCCAGCUCAACGGUUUCUUCAUCCUGUUCCUCCCAAGAGAAGUUACACCAGUUACCAUACCAACCAACACCUGAUGAACUACAUUUUUUGUCUAAACAUUUCUGUACCACUGAAAGCAUUGCCAGUGAUAACAGAUGCAGGACCACACCAAUGCGCCCUCGAUCCAGAAGUCUCAGCCCUGGACGUUCUCCUGCCUGCUGUGACCAUGAAAUAAUUAUGAUGAACCAUGUCUACAAAGAAAGGUUCCCAAAGGCCACAGCUCAGAUGGAAGAACGGCUUCAGGAUAUUAUCACCAACCAUUCUCCUGAUAACAUUCUUCCCCUGGCAGAUGGAGUGCUCAGCUUUACCCACCAUCAGAUCAUUGAGCUGGCUCGAGAUUGCUUGGAUAAAUCCCAUCAGGGCCUCAUCACUUCACGAUACUUCUUUGAAUUACAGCACAAAUUAGACAAAUUGCUACAGGAGGGUCAAGAGCGAUCAGAAAGUGGAGAACUGGCAUUUAUUAAGCAACUAGUCCGAAAGAUCCUCAUAGUCAUUGCUCGUCCUGCUCGCUUAUUAGAAUGCCUGGAAUUUGAUCCUGAAGAAUUUUACUAUCUCUUGGAAGCUGCAGAAGGACAUGCUAAAGAGGGGCACGUGAUUAAAACAGACAUCCCUAGAUAUAUUAUAAGCCAGCUGGGCCUGAAUAAGGAUCCUCUGGAAGAAAUAGCUCAGCUAGCUAACUAUGACAGUGGCACAGCAGAAACUCCAGAAACAGAUGAAUCAAACUCUAAUACAUCAGUGAAGCUCCGGAGGAAACCUCGUGAAAGCGAUUUUGAAACAAUUAAACUGAUUAGUAAUGGAGCUUAUGGUGCCGUUUAUUUUGUGCGACAUAAAGAAACCAGACAGAGAUUUGCCAUGAAGAAAAUUAACAAACAGAAUCUCAUCCUCCGAAACCAGAUUCAGCAGGCCUUUGUUGAGCGUGAUAUCCUGACAUUUGCAGAAAAUCCAUUUGUCGUCAGCAUGUACUGCUCCUUUGAAACUAGACGCCAUUUAUGUAUGGUCAUGGAGUAUGUGGAAGGUGGAGAUUGCGCUACUUUAAUGAAGAAUAUGGGUCCUUUACCUGUGGAUAUGGCAAGGAUGUAUUUUGCUGAGACUGUGCUAGCCUUGGAAUAUCUGCAUAAUUAUGGAAUCGUACACCGGGAUUUGAAGCCAGACAAUUUAUUAGUAACAUCCAUGGGACAUAUUAAGCUUACAGAUUUUGGGCUUUCUAAGGUGGGGCUAAUGAGCAUGACUACAAAUCUUUAUGAGGGUCACAUUGAGAAGGAUGCUAGAGAGUUCCUUGACAAGCAGGUCUGUGGCACACCUGAAUAUAUAGCACCAGAAGUGAUAUUGAGGCAGGGUUAUGGCAAGCCAGUGGACUGGUGGGCCAUGGGAAUUAUCCUUUAUGAAUUUCUUGUUGGGUGUGUGCCAUUCUUUGGAGAUACACCAGAAGAGCUAUUUGGACAAGUGAUCAGUGAUGAGAUCAACUGGCCUGAAAAGGAUGAAGCCCCACCUCCAGAUGCCCAGGAUCUGAUUACUGUACUGCUCAGACAAAACCCUAUGGAGAGACUGGGAACAGGUGGCGCAUAUGAAGUAAAGCAACACCAGUUCUUUCGUAGCUUAGACUGGAAUAGUCUGCUGAGACAGAAAGCAGAAUUCAUUCCACAGCUGGAAUCUGAGGAUGACACAAGUUAUUUUGACACUCGUUCUGAGAAAUACCACCAUAUGGAAACUGAAGAAGAGGAUGACACAAAUGAUGAAGACUUUAAUCUGGAAAUAAGGCAGUUUUCCUCAUGUUCACAUAGAUUUUCAAAAGUUUUUAGUAGCAUUGAUCGAAUAACUCGGAAUCAAGGUGAAGAAAAGGAAGAUACAGGAGACAAAACAAAAAAUGUGACGUUGCCAUCUGUGGAAUCUUUAAGUUGGAGUUCAGAAUAUUCUGAACUGCAACAGCUAUCUACAUCCAACUCCUCUGAUACAGAAAGUACCAGGCUGCGGCACAGUUCAGGUUUGCUUCCAAAAUUGGCCAUAUCAUCUGAGGGGGAUCAAGAUGAAACCACCUGCACAGGAGGAUCCCGGGAGGAGCAAGAAAAGGCUGCUUCUUUAAAUGAGGAGGCUGCUCAAGAUGAGCUUGAGGUCACCACUCCAGCAAGUACCAUCAGCAGCUCAACACUAUCAGUUGGCAGUUUUUCAGAGCACUUAGAUCAGAUAAACGGAAGAAACGAGAGUGUGGACAGUACAGAUAAUUCCUCAAAGCCAUCCAGUGAACCUGCUUCUCAUAUGGCUCGUCAGCGAUUAGAAAGCACAGAGAAAAAGAAAAUAUCUGGAAAAGUCACAAAGUCCCUGUCUGCCAGUGCUCUGUCCCUCAUGAUUCCAGGAGAUGUGUUUGGUGUUUCUCCUUUGGGAAGUCCUAUGUCCCCACAUUCCCUUUCUUCAGACCUUUCAUCCUCCAGAGAUUCCUCCCCUAGCCGUGAUUCCUCAAUUGCUUCUGCAACCCCUCAUCAACCUAUAUUAAUUCACAGUUCAGGAAAAAAGUAUGGCUUCACCAUCCGAGCAAUCAGGGUCUAUGUGGGUGACAGUGAUAUCUACACCGUGCACCAUAUUGUUUGGAAUGUCGAAGAAGGAAGCCCAGCUUAUCAAGCAGGCCUAAAGGCUGGGGAUUUGAUCACACAUAUCAAUGGAGAGCCAGUUCAUGGUCUUGUUCACACUGAAGUCAUAGAGCUGUUGUUAAAGAGUGGAAACAAAGUGUCAAUUACUACAACCCCCUUCGAGAACACUUCAAUCAAAACAGGCCCGGCCAGGAGGAAUAGCUACAAGAGCCGAAUGGUUAGACGCAGUAAGAAAACCAAAAAGAAAGAGAGCCUAGAAAGGAGGAGGUCUCUCUUCAAAAAGCUAGCCAAGCAGCCCUCUCCCCUUCUUCACACGAGCCGAAGUUUCUCCUGCCUGAACCGAUCCCUUUCAUCAGGAGAGAGCUUGCCUGGCUCCCCAACUCACAGCUUGUCUCCCAGGUCUCCUACCCCAAGCUACCGCUCCACUCCUGAUUUCCCAUCCGGUACCAAUUCCUCCCAGAGCAGCUCCCCUAGCUCAAGUGCACCCAAUUCUCCAGCUGGCUCAGGUCACAUAAGACCCAGCACUCUUCAUGGGUUGGGUCCAAAGCUUGGCGGACAAAGAUACCGGUCAGGAAGACGCAAGUCAGCUGGCAGCAUUCCUCUCUCCCCUUUGGCACGAACACCUUCUCCAACACCCCAGCCACCAUCCCCUCAGCGAUCUCCAUCACCUUUACUGGGGCAUUCAAUUGGAAAUUCAAAAAUAGCUCAGGCAUUCCCUAGCAAGAUGCACUCCCCUCCAACUAUUGUAAGACAUAUAGUGAGGCCAAAGAGUGCCGAGCCACCCAGGUCUCCACUGCUAAAGAGGGUCCAGUCUGAAGAGAAACUUGCACCUUCUUAUGGUUGUGACAAGAAACACUUAUGUUCACGCAAACACAGCCUGGAAGUGACUCAAGAAGAGGUGAAUAGGGAAUUGUCCCAAAGAGAAGUAACUCUUCAGAGCCUGGAGGAGAAUGUGUGUGAUGUGCCAUCACUCACCCGAGUCAGGCCUGCAGAGCAAGGCUGCCUGAAACGCCCUGUCUGCAGAAAGUUGGGUAGGCAAGAGUCUGUUGAUGAGCUGGAUCGGGAGAAAUUAAAGGUCAAGAUAGUUAUGAAAAAGCAAGAUCUUGCUGAGAAACAAGAUUGUCUGCAGAAAGCAAGCACUAUACAUGAGCCUAGUGAUGAAUCAGAAAAUCCUGCUACCUUAAGACUGGAAGAAAGAGACAAAAAAUCAUUUCAGAAGGCUUUGGAAAGAUCAAAUCACUUUGAAACUAAAAUUACUGCUCUGGAGACUCAGUCAGUAGGUGGCAUACUCAAAGACACCCUUCACAAGAAUGCAAACAUGAGACCAAAUGACUGUGUUCCCUUAGAUACACACAUGCUAUGUCAUGGGCCUCCUCUUAAUGAACUUAGUCAUCUCUCUUAUGACUUCAAAAGAAUUUCCCCUCCAUGUACAUUGCAAGAUGUGCUACCUCACUCAUCUGACAGGCUGCUAAAUGGAAAGGGAGAAAACACAGAUAAAAAUGCGCCAACAAAAGAAUUUGUCAAAUUUGAAAGACUAGAUGGUAAGCUUGCAAAUAUUGAUUAUCUGAGAAAGAAAAUGUCCUUUGAAGAAAAAGAUGACAGUCUCUGUCCAGUGUUAAAGCCCAAACUGACAUCAAAUGUUCAUGAAUGCCUUCAACUUAAUACAGUCAGACCCAUCAAUAUACAGCAGGAUUCCGCUACAGUUGCUGAUAGCAGAGCAUUUAUCAGUAGUGCACAUGCUGCUCAGAUUAGCUCAGUUUCUUUUGUUCCUCUCAAAGCCUUGAAUGGUCGAGUGGAAACUGGUGUGGAAAAAUCAGCCCUGAUUUCUACUGAGUCUCCUGUCAGAAAAAGUCCAUCGGAGUAUAAACUAGAAGGGAGAUCGGUUUCUUGUUUGAAACCAAUUGAAGGCACUUUAGACAUUGCCUUACUAUCUGGGCCACAGGCUUCAAAGACAGAAUUGCCUUCAUGCCUGCUACCAGAAAGUCAAAACACCAGCAAUGAUGUGGGCUCUUCCAUGCCUCUGGCAUCUCAAUGCAAUGGUGUAAAGGAGGAGACAUCCUGUCAGAAAGAGGUGUUGUCACCCCAUUCAAAGUCUAGUAAAUCUAAUCUACUAGAGCCCCAAUUUUCACAGUCAAGCAAGAAUUUUCAAAAUGCACCAGCAACCCCCAUGACCACAGAACUAGAAACAGGAAAAAAGGUUUCCAGUCCAGGUGUUACAUGCAACAUUUCUGUCAGGGAAGUUGAUCAAAAGAGAGAGGAUUCCCAUUCAAAACAGAAGGACCAUGCGACUGAAGCAAAAUUACACACUGUCCAAAAUCAGUGUCUCCACACUGCCCUGGCAUCUGCCACAUCUUCCACAGCCCAAGGCAACCCUGAAAAAACUGCAGGAAAAGAGAGGCAAACCCAAAAGGAGUUGCCUGUCAAGUACCCAGAGACACAAAGAAAUUACGAAUCUUUCCCUGCGAAGGCCGAGGGGAUCAGAAAUUCAUUUAUGAAGAAAUCUAUCCCAGAUGCUUUUAAAACAAGCGACUCCAAAACCAUUCAGAGAAACUCUGCUGACGUUGCCAUUCCCCUUCAAACACAUAGAACGAGAGUGCAGACAGCAGGCUCUAAGGUGGAGUCUAAAGAUGGCAAAGAUCUACCAAAACAAUUUGCCAAAGAUGACAUUGUCCCUGCUGGCUCUUCUGAAGAGAGGGACAUGAACAAGCAGGAGGUGAUGGACUCAAAGAGUGAAAUGUCUUUGCCCAAAAGGCCUGUACAACAAUCAGAGUCUAAUACUAAAAGUGAGAAAUCACAUGUGUGUUCCUCUGUGCAGGACAACUCCAAAGAUUUGAGAAAGAAAGAUCAGAAACAGUCUAGCAAUAUACAACUUCAAACUACGGAGAGAGAGCUACCCAACCUGAUUAUUAGGCAGCAAUUUAGCUCUUUAGGUUCCCCUUCUGAGAGAGAGAUUGUAAACAGAAAUUGUGUAAUAGAUGCUCAUGUGCAUUUAGGUGUUCAAGCGCAAGUCAAAGCUGGUUCAGCCUACAUGGAAAGCAGUAAUAAUAAAUCCAGGCAAAUAAAUGAAACUUGUUCCUCUAAAUCUAAGCACUCUGACAAAUUCACAUUUGCACAAAAGCAGUGCACUGCAAACAUAAAAGAAAAAGAAACAGUUAUUCAGCCCUCAGCUGGCUCUCGGAAAGAUGGGAAACAUGCCAAUAAAAGUGUGCAGGAUUCUCUUUCUUUUGUUCCAAUUUCUCAGAGAAAACUAAACAAUGAGCACAUUCAGGUAGAAAAGCCUCUGGGUCUGGAACGCGAGUCAGCACCUUCAAUCCAAAUCAAUAGCAGCACUCCUGAAACCAAACCUAAAUCCUCUUGUAAUGGCCAGGCACCAGCAGGCCCAGAAAACUCCAAGCAUUUUCUAAGUCAGGAAACAGCAGGCUUCAGUGAGGCUGCUGAUCAAAAGCAACUCUAUGUAAGUGAAAAGCAAAACAUGCCUCCAAAGUUUUCCACUGUGAAAGACUGUCUCUUAUUGAACAAACUGGCAGACAAGGGCCCAAGUAAUCGGGCCAUCACUGCAGACAAAAGACCUGAAGGACAAAAAUGCACUGAAGCACUUUAUGUUCAGAAUGACAAUGGGAAAUUGGAGCCCAGCCUUUUCCUUAACUGUGACCGGGGGAAAGUAGCAGAAAAGGCAGCCAUAGUUAGCAAAGGCUCUCCAGAUUCAAAAGGGAAGGGACAAGUUAGUCAAAAACAGUUAACAGAUACGAACAAGCAGAUUACAGCAAAGCUUUUAUCAGCUGCCACUGUGCAGAGUUCAUGUCAUUCAGCUGUAACUCCAUCAAAGCAGCUGAAUUGUCCACCCAACUUCCCUGAAUGUAGGCAACAAGCAUCUCGUUUGUCUUCAGCAAACAAUGAUGUGUCUUCAACCAAGGUUAAAACAGGCUCAUCAGAGCUUCCUGUCACCAGCUGCAAGGAACUGAAAAAGCAAGCCACCUCUUCUACAGGGGAUGGUAAAAGAGAAAUCACUAAGAGCGUUUCACUGUUGACCUUGCAUAGCUCUGCUAUCCCAGUAGAAGCCCUUCAUCCUGCUUCAAACCUUGGGAGUAAACCUGGAAAUCAAGAAAAACCUCUUUCUGCUAACAACACUGUGGAUGUAAAGGGAAAAGAUCCCAUUCAAGCUCAGCCUCCUGCUGCAAAAAAACAGAAUGUAGGUAAAGAUUUACCCAGGUCAGUAACCACCCCUGACCGUCCUAAUGCACUUUCAUCUGAUAAAGACUCAGUGCGGCAGAGGCGAGGAAAGGAUGCUUCACGGAGCAGUCCUCACAAAAAGUCCUCUCAAUAG